UCGAAUCAAUGGUGACAAUAGACGCAAUUAAAAGCAAAUUCAAAACAAAACAUCAUUUGAAAUCAAAUUGAAUUUAAUUGAAAUGUGAUCGACUUUGAUCCGUAUACAUAGUUUAAGUAGAAAAGAAAAUGGAAAAAACAAAUCAUGUGGAUUUAUCUCAUCACAAAAAACGUGAAUACUGUACAAAUCGACUGAGAUAUCGUGAUGGACGUAAACUUACAGCUGUUAAGGUAUAUACGGUUGUAAAUGAAUCAAAACAUUUAAUGGUAUUUGGUGUACCACGUAUAAAUCUCUAUCAAGAAAUUAAACAGCUGUUUGCAAAGCAUGGCAAAUUAACCGAAGUGAAAAGAGUAACCGAUGAACUAAAAGCAAAUGAUACCGUUCAAAUCGAACAAUUCACCGACUGCUACUAUGUGAAAUAUGAGAAAGUGCAUCAAGCGCGCUUAGCUAAAGCAAGAAUUGAUCGCAAGAACUUUUAUGGAGGUAUACUUCAUGUUUCCUAUGCACCUGAAUAUGAAACUGUUUCUGAUGUACGCGAAAAGCUGAAGUAUAGAAAACAAGACGUAUUAUAUCGUUUGAAGCAAAACACAAGGGAGAUAGCAAAUGAAUAAAAUCACACUUAUGAUACUUUUUGAUUUACUUAUUAGAUCUUGAGCAUUUACCUCCAAAUAACCAAAUGUAUGAAAAGAAAAUGAAAAAGAAAACAACAACAAAAUUUUUAAAAGGAAAUAAAAUAUAAAUAUAUAUAAAUUGCUAAGUUCUUAUGCAGGGGACGCCAUCAACAAUUUAUUUCCAGUCGAUUCACAAAUUUAGUUCUACCUCCUUCACUCGUUCAUGUAAUUAAGCAAAAAUACAAACUUUAUCAUGGCAAGCUCAUCGUCGUCAUCACAACCCGAGCCGGAACGUAAAAUAACUUCAAUAUUGCAGCAUGAUAAAAAGUUAUUUGGUGAAGCGAAAGAAUUGAACGUUGAACGUCUACCGACGUAUGGCGAUAUUUUGUUACAUUAUUUUUUCUUGCGAGAAAACUAUUUCAAAGACAACCCACACAUUUCAUUCAAAUCAAUAACUCCUCAUGUGGCGGAUAAAAUUGUUGAAAUUUGGAAUAAUCUUCCAACGCCAAUUAUUCAAAGAAAAUCUAUUCGCACAAAAUUAGACCGUUUCAUGAACAAAUAUAGGGAAGCAUCAAAACACAAAUCCGAAUCACCCCAUCGUCUUGUUGAUUUUCGUGGUUUGCUAGGAAAUUUGUUUUGGGUUUCAAAAUGUAAUUGCGAUUUAUUAACAACGGAUUGCACAUGUAAAAAUACACCUAUAUUCGUGAAAACAUUUAUUGUGGACCAGAUGACAGAUAGAAAUGUCACUAUUACUGAAUUUCUUGAAACCGUACCACAGCCAACAUUAUUAACAGUAACAACUUCAGAAGUGGCUACAUCAGACGAGACUUGGCAACCCGAAUUACCUAUGGGUGCAAGUAGUAUGGAUUUUGACCGUGAUAAAAGUGUACAUUCCAAUGUACUUCAACGUUAAAUAUUACAAUUCAAUUGCAUAUGGAAGUGUUUUGUUCUUCAAAUUUAUACAAUUGACGAAUUAUCUGCCACCGAAUUUACUUUCCGUUGUUCAUAGUGUAAUGCAAGACAAUAGCUUCUUUGCUAGCUCUGAAAAUGUUUUGCUAGCAAUGAUUUGUUCCAAUGUGAAACCUAUACGUCAAAUGGCAAUCGACAAAAUAAAACAUAUCCGAAAUGAUCUCGAUCGGACAACAUUGAGAGAUUACAAAAAACCGAAAAUAAAUUGCGACAUCGGUGGAAUUGAGAGAAAAAAGGCCCAAAACUGAGAGCAAACGAGACUUGAAAUAAUUUUUAAUAUUCUAUAUUGUUUAAGUUUUCAUUCAAAUUUCAUCAAUUAUUAUUUUUCAAUCAAAAUGAAUUGAUUAAAAUUAUUAAAAUUAGGUUUAAAUGUUUGAAUUUGGACUACACUGAUGCAAAUAAACUUAAAAUGUUUCGUAUA